UAAUGUUUUCAGUGAAUGGCAUUUUAGAAAAAGUGAAAAAGAGGGUUAAUAAUGAGAAGCAGUCUUUUCACAUUUAACCAACGGUGUAUAAGAACAGUUCCCCUCCAACCCCGCCCCAAAUGAUGCUGAUGCACUCAUUGUCUGAACCCGUGCCACGCCACUGUUCAUUUUCAUGGGCACUUUUUUAAAAAGAUCAAGGUAACGUAAUUGUGACGUAAAGUUUCUUGCACCUCAAUUUGAAAUGACUGUAAUUCAACCUUCACAAUUUAUCCAGACCUGUCACCACCAGUAAUCGUCUGCCCACAAGACAUUACUGUGGGAGCAUCGGCGGGUUUGCAAAACGCUUCUGUGACGUGGGUCGAACCGAAGGCUUCGGGACCGGUGUUCGUACAAAGCAAAUACGAUUCCGGGCACCUAUUCGACAUUGGACGCCACGCUGUGAUCUACACGGCUACUGAUGAAGCCGGCAACGAAGGUCAAUGCUUCUUCUAUGUCACUGUCGAGGGUGAUCCAAACACCAACCUGGCACCUGUUAUAUCAGGUUGUCCGACGAGUAGAAUACCGUCAAUGUAUAACACCAGUCUGCUGGCAACAGAGUCCCUUCCUGUCUUCUUCGAUCCGCCCAACGCCACAAACCCGGCCAACACUAGCGACAUAGAGGGGAUGUCGUCGCAAACCCCAGGAGACUUGUUCGACCACGGUUUACACCUCGUGGUUUACAUGUUCUGGAAUAGUGAUGGAUUCGAAGCCGAUUGCGUUAUUCCCAUCCAAGUUCAAGAGGUUGACUUUUGUGCAUCAGGUCCCUGUGACCCAAUACGAGAAAUUUGUCACCAAACUCCAACACAUUUCUACUGCUUUGUAAUUGAAGCUGACUUCACCAAACCAGAGAUUUUUGAAUGUCCGGAUGACAUCCACGUCUUCGUUGCACCGUGGGAGCUCUUUGUGUCAGUGAACUGGACUGCACCGACAGCUACCGAUGACUCCGGAAGAGUCAUCCUAGAAUCGUCUGAGACUUCUGGUGCUCUCUUCUCAACUCGCGGGAUACCAGUCCAUGUCACCUAUGAAGCUAAAGACAUGAACAAUAAGUCGGCCAGUUGUUCUUUCACCGUAACUGUCACGGCUGACAUCACCGGACCCACUCUAUCUUGCCCCUCGGACAUCAUGAUACCACUAAUACCCCAUUCACAGUAA